AUGGAGGGCGACGGGGUGCCGUGGGGCAGCGAGCCGGAGUCUGGUCCCGGCCCGGGAGGCGGCGGAGGGAUCCGCGAGCUGUGCCGGGGCUUUGGUCGCUACCGCCGCUACCUGGGGCGGCUGCGGCAGAACCUGCGCGACACGCAGAAGUUCUUCCGCGACCUCAGGGGCUCGCAGCCCCGCGACUGUCCCUCCUCCCCUGCGGAGGGUGGCGAGGCCGGGCGCGGCCCUGCCGGCGACGUCGCCGCGACCGGGCUGCCGGCGGGCCAGCUGAGCUGCAUUUCCUUCCCACCCAAGGAAGAGAAGCGCCUCCAGCAGAUGGUGGACUGCCUGCCCUGCGUCUUGAUCCUCGGCCAGGACUGUAAUGUCAAGUGCCAGCUGUUGAACCUGCUCUUGGGGGUGCAGGUGCUUCCCACCAACAAGCUGGGCGGUGAGAACUGUAAGCUUCGGCGCCUCCGCUUCACCUAUGGGAAUCAGACUCGGGUCAGCCUGGCGCUCCCUGGCCAGUAUGAACUAGUGCACACGCUGGUUGCUCACCAGGGCAACUGGGAGACCAUCCCUGAGGAGGACCUGGAGGUCCAAGAGGACAGUGAGGACGCUGCCCAUGUUUUAGCCGAACUGGAGGUGACGAUGCACCAUGCUCUCUUACAGGAAGUGGACAUUGUGGUAGCACCAUGCCAAGGCCUCCGGCCCACAGUGGAUGUUCUGGGUGACUUGGUGAAUGAUUUCUUGCCUGUGAUAACCUAUGCACUCCACAAAGAUGAACUCUCUGAGAGGGAUGAGCAAGAGCUUCAGGAAAUCCGAAAGUAUUUCUCCUUUCCCAUAUUCUUUUUCAAAGUGCCGAAGCCGGGCUCGGAGAUAAUUGACUCCUCCACUGAAAGAACGGAGAGUGAAAGAUCACCACUUCAUCGCCAGCUGACUGACCUGGGCUAUCUGAGCAGCAGCCGCUGUAACUGUGCGGCCCCCGGCCAGGACACCAAAGCCCAGAGCAUGCUGGUGGAGCACAGUGAGAAGCUGAGACACCUGAACACGUUUUCUCACCAGGUGCUCCAGACCCGCCUAGUGGACGCAGCCAAGGCCCUGAACCUGGUGCACUGCCGCUGCCUCGACAUCUUCAUUAACCAGGCCUUUGACAUGCAGCGGGACCUGCAGAUUACACCCAAACGUCUGGAAUACACUCGAAAAAAGGAGAAUGAGCUGUAUGAAUCACUGAUGAAUAUUGCCAACCGGAAGCAAGAGGAAAUGAAGGACAUGAUCGUUGAGACUCUUAACACCAUGAAGGAGGAACUUCUGGAUGAUGCCGCCAACAUGGAGUUCAAAGAUGUCAUUGUCCCUGAAAAUGGAGAGCCAGUGGGCACCAGAGAGAUCAAAUGCUGCAUCCGACAGAUCCAGGAGCUCAUCAUUUCCCGGCUUAAUCAAGCAGUGGCUAACAAGCUGAUCAGCUCCGUGGAUUACCUACGUGAGAGCUUCGUUGGAACCCUGGAACGGUGUCUGCAGAGCCUGGAGAAGUCUCAGGAUGUCUCUGUUCACAUCACCAGUAAUUAUCUCAAACAGAUCUUAAAUGCUGCCUAUCAUGUUGAAGUCACAUUUCACUCAGGGUCCUCAGUUACAAGGAUGCUGUGGGAGCAAAUCAAACAGAUUAUCCAGCGCAUCACUUGGGUGAGCCCACCUGCCAUCACACUGGAGUGGAAGAGGAAGGUGGCCCAGGAAGCCAUCGAGAGCCUCAGUGCCUCCAAGCUGGCCAAAAGCAUUUGCAGCCAGUUCAGGACUCGGCUCAACAGUUCUCACGAGGCCUUUGCAGCUUCCUUGCGGCAGCUGGAAGCUGGCCACUCAGGCCGGUUGGAGAAAACUGAAGAUCUAUGGCUGAAGGUUCGGAAAGAUCAUGCUCCCCGCCUGGCACGCCUUUCGCUGGAAAGCCGUUCUUUACAGGAUGUCUUACUGCAUCGUAAACCUAAACUGGGGCAGGAGCUGGGCCGGGGCCAGUACGGAGUGGUGUACCUGUGUGACAACUGGGGGGGGCACUUCCCUUGUGCCCUCAAGUCAGUUGUCCCCCCAGAUGAGAAGCACUGGAAUGACCUGGCUUUGGAGUUCCACUACAUGAGGUCUCUGCCAAAGCAUGAGCGCUUGGUGGAUCUGCACGGUUCUGUCAUCGACUACAGCUACGGCGGUGGCUCCAGCAUCGCUGUGCUGCUCAUCAUGGAGCGGCUGCACCGGGACCUCUACACAGGGCUGAAGGCUGGGCUGGCCCUGGAGACCCGUUUGCAGAUAGCCCUAGAUGUCGUGGAGGGAAUCCGCUUUCUGCACAGCCAGGGGCUUGUCCACCGUGAUGUCAAACUGAAAAAUGUGCUGUUGGACAAGCAGAACCGUGCCAAGAUCACUGACUUAGGAUUCUGCAAGCCAGAGGCCAUGAUGUCAGGCAGCAUUGUGGGGACACCAAUCCAUAUGGCCCCUGAACUUUUCACAGGGAAGUAUGAUAAUUCCGUGGAUGUCUACGCCUUUGGCAUUCUCUUCUGGUAUAUCUGCUCAGGCUCUGUCAAGCUCCCAGAGGCAUUUGAGAGGUGUGCCAGCAAAGACCAUCUCUGGAACAAUGUCCGGAGAGGGGCCCGUCCAGAACGCCUUCCUGUGUUUGAUGAGGAGUGCUGGCAGCUGAUGGAAGCCUGUUGGGAUGGUGACCCCUCUCAGAGACCUCUCUUGGGCAUUGUCCAGCCCAUGCUCCAGGGCAUCAUGGACCGGCUAUGCAAGUCACAUUCUGAGAGGCCAAACAGAGGACUCGAUGAUUCUACUUGA